AUAGGGCGUGGUGUAUGUGAAUAUUAGAACACUGUUUUGUAGUUGGUUGGUUAGCUAAAGAUCGUAGCAGGCUAAGCACAACAGUAGCGCGGUCUGAAAAUAGACAUAACUUGAUCAACAAGGACAUUUUAAUGGUCAAGUUUAAUUGAAAAUUUUAUCGAAGUUUCGUUUUGAAGAAACGAAAUCCCUUUCGUUAUUAAGGUUUGUGCCUUGAAGGUUUACUACUCUAGUGUUACGCGCUGCGAGGAAGGGUCGGCGAUAGUAAUGGCCACGGAACCUGUUUCGGUCACGAUGGACACUGUUUCUGGUAUUCCGACUGUUAUUCCAGUGGUCUUAAAGAAAAUCAUGGAAAUCCCGCCACCGAAUCUUCUCGAAGGCGAGGACGAAAAUGACAAGGAGAAACUCUUGGAAGAUGUUGUGGACUCUGGAGGGGUCAGUGGUAUGGGUCCGACGGCCGCCCUAACUCCUGCUAUCUGGGAUAAGACCAUUCCCUAUGAUGGUGGAACCUUCCACCUGGAAUACAUGGAUCUAGAGGAGUUUCUCAUGGAGAACGGAAUUCCUGCCACAGGUGAUGAGAUUCAGGAAAAUAUUCUUGUGAAGGAUAACUCGCAGAUGACAACUGAAAAUCCAUCUACAACAUCUGGAGACCAGACCUCCCCAGCCCCCAUCUCACUCUUGCCGAUCAUGGAUCUAGAUCAUUGUGAGGAGGAAGUGGUCACAAUCACCGCAUCCAGCUCCACCGACAUCAAUCCAGACAAGGAGCGUGUGACGCCAGAUCCCAUUAAUCCAGAUGAAAUUGAAGUAGAGGUGAACUUCCAGCCAGAUCCCACAGACCUCGUACUGUCAAGUGUACCUGGAGGGGAACUGUUUGACCCACGAAGACAUCGCUUUUCUGAGGACGAUCUAAAACCACAGCCUAUGAUCAAGAAAGCCAAGAAGGUGUUUGUGCCUGAGGAACAGAAGGAUGAGAAAUACUGGCAGAGGAGAAAGAAGAACAAUGUUGCGGCCAAACGUUCGCGGGACGCUAGGCGGCUCAAGGAGAAUCAGAUCACGGUUCGAGCUGCAUUUCUCGAGCGAGAGAACACCGCUCUGAGGCAGGAAGUGGCAGAGCUGCGCAAGGACUUUGGUCGAUGCAAGAACAUCGUGUCUCGUUAUGAAGCCAAAUACGGACCACUUGAGCCAACUGAAGAUCUCUAAACAAUUGUUGAUUUAUUUGCAUUGUUGUAAGGCAAUAAAUUAAUAAUGGUGUGGAGUAUGGAGGGCUGAAUAGUCAGGGUUAUCAGAAGACGAUGAUGAAGAGGAAAUGACAGGAGAUACGCAAUUGAAUGAUUCGGUUGGUAGAGCCGAGUGACAUUCAUAAGCUUAUACAGUUGAAUCCUGUCAACCAAUGUAACCACUUGUCGUAAGUUUGCAUUCAGUGAAACAGCAUAUCCAAUAUAUCUUAUGAAGCUUUUAAGUGCUUUUUGUAAUUGAAAUGUUUUUUUUUACCUUCUAUGUUUCUGGUUUACUGUAUGGUUAAUAAUAUGUUUUUAAAGGUUUGUAUAGAGAAUGUCUAGCACUGACUACCGCAUACUUCCUUUUACAUCACUAUGGGAUUUUUCUCUACAAUAUUACAAAAUAUUAAUUCUAAGAAUUCAUUUAGAAUGGUUGGUACAAUGUAUCACACAGUGGUACAUUUUUGACCUAAACAGUUUUAGGCGUUGAACAGUUAAAAUAUUUUUCAAAUAUAAGGUGAAUGGAUCAUGUUAUGUUUAUCAGUACUGAUAGGUAUCGUGUUAUGUGCUUACACACAGUCACGUUUUGUCUUACUGUGCUAGAAUUGACUGCAAAAAAUUUGUAUUGAUGAUAUGUAACUUGUAUAUCUGCAAAACCACACUGAGUCUUUUAAUAGUAGAUUGAUAGCAGUACAACACCUAGAGAUUUAUUCUUUUCAAUUUUUGUUUACUUGAGAUUAUAUGCCUAAAAUGUACAUAUUGUGUUUACUACUCCAUGGUUUCAAAAGGUCAAUAUGUGUACAUAAAUAACACUCUUUAUGUGA